AUGUCUGAGGCUCAAGCAACGGUCGUUCUCCACCCCGUCGGCCCUUUAGGCCCCGAAUCCUCGAUCACCCGCACCUUCACCCUCUCCAACACCAACCCUAUCUUCGAGAUCGGUCGGUCGUCGAAACGCGAAGUGAAGAAUCGCACCCCAGCCAAGGAUAAUGGGUGGUUCGACUCUCGGGUGAUGUCUCGCGAUCAUGCUGAGUUGGGCUUCAACAUAGAUAACGAGGUAUUAUCAUCAUACUACCCACCCUUUAGCUGCCUCCCUCGCCGGAUGGGAUGUGCUAAGCCAAGAUACUCGCAGAAGAUGAUCUACAUUCGCGAUUUCGGGUCGACCCACGGAACAUGGCUGAACAACGUCAAGCUUGUUACCGACGAGGCCACCCCAUUGCUUAAUGGAGACAUCUUACGGUUCGGCAUUGACGUCGACCGUGGUGAUGAAGAGUUUCCAGCUUUGAGCGUCCGCUGCGACGUUACGUGGUCCGAGCCCACCUCUAAUCUCGAGAUCUCCCCGUGCGAUCCAUCGGACAUGCUAUACGACGAGACCACUGAUCCAGCACCAACUACAUCUGAGUCCAAACCAGCCUCCGAGCUUCGUCCAAGCUCAAACACAUUCUGUGUUCCAGAUGAUGAUGAGAGUGACGUAGGGGAGAUCAAGGCCAACCAGAUUCCCCCUUUCAAGAUCGGCGAUGGCGAUAUCACGGUUCUCUAUGAUGAAAAUAUCCAGGCUAGUCAUCAAGCCUCACACAGACCCGAGUUGCCUUUGGAUUCCGGAGUCUAUGGUUCUGAAUGCGAGGAGGCCUUCCACAUGGAGAGCUCCCGUGAAAACUAUUCAGAAUCAAGCAGUGGAGAGGAUUCGGAAUUCGACUCUGACCCCUCCUCUUUCAGCCAGGUCGGCGAUUCUGAGGAGGAGGAAGGGGAUCACUUUGACUACCUAGAAUUUCAUUAUCCAAUCAGUGACGACGAACUUUCAGGUUCGGAGGAUGGCUCUGAUGUUGAUUCUGAUGCCGAUUAUGAGGACGAAUACUCUGUGGGCCAGGAUGAGGAUGAGGAUGAGUGUAUCGACCCGAGUAUUCUGACUCAUGAGGACAACGUGGCACCGCCCACCCUCAACGAAGCCGUACACAACUUUGCCGAGGUUGUGCACAGCUUCACCCCCAGUGGUGGAAUCCCCAAGCCACUUUUCAAGGUUGAGACUCAAGAGCAAGGUCCCAGCUCAGUGCAGAACCAGCACAUUUUCUUCCCCAGCCCUUUCCCUCUGACUCCUAUUACUCCCGUGCUGGAACAAAAGCGCGAGGAAGAUGAUGGAUCCCAACGUCUUGGUCGCCUGAGCAUCCGCGAUAUGCUUAAUCAUUACCAAGAUGGACCUUUCGCUGGCCCCAGUGACUCGGCAUUCAAGGACUCCUCUCUGGAAGAGGAAGUAGUGGCCGAGUCUUCUAGCCCGGCCCCACUCAAGCGAAAGGCUUCUGAGAUGGAGUCUCAGGAUGCUCAGAUUAUCGAUUCGGUUGUGCCACCAUCUGAGAAGCUAGAUCUCGAGACCAUCUCCCAGUCUCAGGUGGCCGAGGCAAUCAGCUCUGCGCUUUCAGAGAGCCCUGAAAGUGAGCCUCCGAAGAAACGAGUCAAAGCCACACACGAUACAUCCAACAACAUGGCAAGUUACACGGCCACCGCCGUGAUCAGUGCAUUGCUCGGUGGUCUGGGUACCAUUGCUCUUCUGGCUGCGCUUCCAGCAGAAUAUUUCCAGUGA